UAUUGCCUUAAUUUAACUUUUCUUUUUUCUUCUCUUUUCAAAGGGAUUUCUUUUUCCCCCUUUAGAUGGAGGGUUUCAAAUCACGUAAUACUAUUUGGUUGUUGUUCUUUGUGAUAGGGUUCGCCCUUCUAUGCUUUGCUCGGAACGUACCUAGUACAGGGAAUACUGAAACUUAUUAUAAGUUGGUGAUCAACGAUUAUGAACCGCCCGGUCCUAAUCGACCGAUGCCACCUUAUGAGACACAUGCAGAAGACAAUAAAGAAUACAAUUAUAACAAUGGUCAAAGGACGAACCUUCAACACGAGACCACUUUACCAUCCAGGAAUAAUACUAAGUAUAUCAAGGACUAUGAAGAACCCCAUCCUAAUCGACCGACGGCAGCUAAUCUGCAUGCGUGAUUAGCUAGAAUGAUUUAGAUAUAUUAUUAGAGCUAAUAAUAAGACAACUAUGUAUGUUUCAUAUGUUCAAAUAUGCAUGAAAUAAUGAAAGCAAUAUAUUUAUAUAUAUAUAUAUUAUUAAUAUUAUUAUUAA